AGGCACGUCAACAGCUAUGGCGGAAGGGGAAGAGGCGCCGCCGUCGAGCAGCUGUGAACCUGGUGUUUUGCCACUGCCGUGCUACAUAAUCUUGAAAUUCCUGAAGUCAUCAGAUGUGAUUCUCUCAUUGUUGAAGGCAUGGAACUGUUGAAACAGUCUGCAGAAGUUAUCAGAGAGAUUGUAAAGGAAAAAGAGCUUGCAGACGCUCUGGAAGAAGGAGGCUGUGAUCUUGAAACUGUGAGAAACAUCAUUCAAGGAAGGCAAUUGCCUGCUGAUUUGAGGGCCAAAGUCUGGAAGAUCGCGCUUAAUGUUGUAGGAAAGGGGGACAGCCUAGCAUCCUGGGAUGGCUCCUUAGACCUACCAGAACAGAGUAUAAUUCAUAAGGAUUGCCAAGAGCUAAUUGACCAGUUGUCAGUGCCAGAAGAGGAGAAGUCAGUAUUACUUGUGGAUAUUGAGUCUGUUAUUACUUUUUAUUGUAAAUCACGCAAUGUCAAAUACAGUUCUUGUCUUGGCUGGAUCCAUCUACUCAAACCUCUGGUGCACCUUCGUUUGCCACGCAGUGAUUUGUACAACUGCUUUUAUGCUAUCAUGAAUAAAUUCAUUCCAAGGGAUUGUUCUAUGAAAGGAAGACCGUUUCAUCUAUUUAGACUGCUUCUUCAGUACCACGAGCCAGAACUCUGCUCCUUUCUUGAUACCAAGAAGAUGACUCCAGACUCAUAUGCACUCAACUGGCUUGGAAGCCUCUUCUCAUAUUACUGCUCAGUUGAAGUCACUCAGGCAAUAUGGGAUGGAUAUCUACAACAAGCAGAUCCAUUCUUUAUUUAUUUUCUAAUGUUAAUCAUCCUUGUCAAUGCAAAAGAUGUUAUCUUAGCACAACAAUCAGAUAAAGAAGAAAUGAUAAAAUUCUUAGAAACUUCACCAGCCAAUCUCGAUUUAGAGGAUAUAGAAGAUCUCUUCUCUUUGGCACAAUAUUACUGUAGCAAAACUCCAGCUUCUUUCAGGAAGGACAACCACAGUCUUUUUGGCAGCAGCUUGCUGGGCCUCAAAGAUGAUGACACAGACUUGAGCCAGGCUCUCUGUCUAGCGGUUUCUGUGUCUGAGAUUCUUCAAGCAAAUCAGCAACAAGGAGAAGGAGUAAGGUUCUUUGUAGUGGAUUGUCGUCCUGCAGAGCAAUACAAUGCUGGACACUUAUCAACAGCGUUUCAUUUAGACUCGGAUUUGAUGCUUCAAAACCCAUCAGAAUUUGCACAAUCUGUAAAAUCCCUAUUAGAAGCACAAAAACAGUCUAUUGAGUCUGGCUCCAUAGCUGGUGGGGAACAUCUCUGCUUCAUGGGAAGUGGCAGAGAGGAAGAAGACAUGUAUAUGAACAUGGUGCUAGCACACUUCUUACAGAAAAAUAAGGAGUAUGUAAGCAUUGCCAAAGGAGGAUUUAUGGCUCUCCAGCAGCACUUAGCAGAUAUCAAUGUAGAAGGACCAGAAAAUGGAUAUGGCCACUGGAUUGCUAGUACCUCAGGCUCAAGAAGUAGCGUAAACUCCUCUGUUGAUGGUGAUUCUCCCAAUGGUUCAAGUGAUGGAAAAGGAGUAAAGUCCCUGGUGAACAAAAUGACAGUUGCUUUGAAGACUAAAUCUGUGAACGUGAAAGAAAAAGUUAUUAGUUUUAUUGAAAAUACAUCUACUCCUGUGGACAGAAUACCUUUCAAUAUUUCCUGGCCAGACAGAGCAAGCCUGGAGCGACAUAUCAGCAGCAGUGACAGAGUAGGAAAACCCUACCGUGGUGUGAAACCAGUAUUCAGCAUCGGAGAUGAAGAAGAAUAUGAUACUGAUGAAAUUGAUAGCUCCUCAAUGUCAGAUGAUGAUCGAAAAGAGGUUGUCAACAUCCAAACAUGGAUAAAUAAACCUGAUGUGAAGUAUAACUUCCCCUGUAAUGAAGUAAAAGAAAAUGGACAUAUGUUUCCCAGUCAUCUCCUAGUGACAGCAACUCAUAUGUAUUGUUUGAGAGAGAUUCCAUCACGAAAGGGACUGGCUUACAUACAGUCUCGACAGGCACUCAACUCUGUAGUCAAAAUCACAUCCAAGAAGAAACACCCGGAACUGAUCACCUUUAAAUAUGGAAAUAGCAAUACUUCAGGCAUAGAAAUUUUGGCGAUUGAAAGGUAUUUGAUUCCUAAUGCAGGUGAUGCUACCAAAGCCAUAAAACAACAGAUCAUGAAAGUAUUGGAUGCCUUGGAGAGUUAAUAACUAAAGACUUUGUAGAGAACAGUUUAUAAAGAAGAAGCAACCAAGAUACUGUAUGUGGACACAAGCUGACUGUUUCCCAACUUGAAUACUAACUUAAGAGAAUUUUUCUGUUUGCUGAUGGGAGUGCCUGAGUAGCAGGCUUAAGAUAGGGUAAAUUAUUAUCAAUUUCUGAACAGGAUUUUUAAUUUUUGUAUUGUUCUGCUUUUUUGUUUUGAAAUGUUUAUUAUAAAGGUCAGUUUGUUUCAUUUUUAAUGCAGCCUUAAUGUGAGUGGUCUGUGUUCACAUUAAGUGUGUUAAAAGAAUGAAGCACUGCCAGAUGUGGAGAAGCAGUUGAAAACAGAAUGGGUUUUUUAAUUACUGUCCCUUGAAAGUAAAAUGUCUCCACUGCCUACAGUCUAUAAAUUUGAUUUUGCUUACUGGGUAAUAUCAAGGAUUGAUUAAAAACUUGGGUUUAUGUGCAGAGCAGAUAAAAAUAUUAAAAAUACUGGUUCCUUCUCAUUAAAAAUGGUUAAGUCCAGGUUGGGCUACAGAUAAAUGGGAAAAAUGCAAGCAAUUUGUAAAAUUAACUUUUUAAAAAGUCUUAUCUAGUACUAGGUUAAAUAAUUCAAACUGGUUGUAAGGGUAUUUUUAAAUACCAAAACAAACUGUGCACAAUAAGCUUUUACUACAGGGUUGUGAUUUUUUUAAUUAUGCAAAAUUUUACAUUUCAUAGGUUGAAGCCGUUUCUCUUGUAAAGACCAGUGUGUGCAUUGAAAUUGAACCUAAUGCUUCAUGACAGAAUAUGACAGUCUAAAACAAGUUACCUUGCUCCUCAGAAACAAGAUGUCUUAAGAUAGUAAUUAGACGUUUAGAAACCUUUAGUUCAGCACAGAAGUAUGUGCUGAUUGAAGGUGUGUUCAGCAAGAAAAAUAGCGCGCACGAAUAAAGCGAAGAGAUUCAAGUGCUAUAUACCUGUGAUAGAUGUAUUCAUUACCUGUUGCCUUCACUGAUUUGAGGAUUUGCUUAUAUUCUUUUAACUAACAUCUUCUAAAUUAGUUAAUGUUUGAGAGAUGGCAGCUAUGUGAUUGUUUAUCAGCAGAUUUCCGCUUGUUCCAAGAAUGGUUCUCCUGUUAAAAAGCUCAGUACAGGGAUGUCCUUAUGGCCGAGGCAUCACACCUUUAUAGACCGAUGUGGAAAUUACCAAAAACUGUGAAGUGAAGAUAAUAGGGAUCAGCUUUGCUGCGUGAAGUCUUCUGAGUAUUUAAAUCAAAACCUGUGAAUUGGUAGAUCAUCAGGAGGUAAAAUAAAUUAAACUGACCUUUAUAAAAAACAGUUAUUCUAAGUUAUUUUACUAGGAAUCAAGCUAGGGCACCUUACUUCUGGAACUAAUUCCUUUUUUUUUUUUUUUUUUUUUCUUCUUAGUAACUGAGUAAACACCAAUAGAACUUGAACUGUUGGAGAUAUUUGCAUGAAAUUGCACCUGGGCCAACACUCAUGUAUUUAGUUUUGCCCAGCAGCUGUUGUAUUACAUUUUCCUCUUCCUGCUCCCUUCUGAAAAUAUCCUAAAGAGUCUCUGACUCUGUGCCUACUUCAGCAAUGAGAUUUUUUUCAUGUAAAGAUGUUUGUGUUACUGUUUAUAAACUACAGUUGUAAAUAAACCAGUACAAUUUGAACAUAACUUGUUCUGUCAG